AUGAGGGAAAUGUUUCAUAAUAAUAAUAAUAAUAGUACUCACAACAACCAUGAAGGAGGGAAAGCCCCUGUUUACAAACAGUUCAUGACCUUUAAGCCAGUUGAGUUCAAGGAUUACAGAAGUGGAAAGGGUCAGAGGGAGUUCAAGGAGGUCUUCUGUGGGAAAUAUUAUACUUUGAGCACCAGAAACAAGCUAGCCCGAGAAUUUCUUGAAAUCAAGAAAGGAGAUUCUAGAAUUGCAGAUUAUGUGAAAAGGUUUGAAAGAGGUAAGUAUUUUGCUCCAAUGAUUACUAGAGACGCUUCCAUGGAGCUUAAUCACUUUCUUGAGGGACUCAAUGCUACAAUCCGUUGGAAUGUGAGGCUUAGUAAUCCUUCUUCCAUGAGGGAAACAGUUGAUCGAGCUCUAAUGGCUGAGAAAGACAGACAAAAUAUCAUUAAGGAGGCUCAGGCCAAGAGGAUUGCUACCUCUCAGCAUUCUCAGCAGCCAAGGAACUUCUACCACAACAACAACAACCAAAGAUUUUCUCAACGGCCUCAACAGUCACAACAAUCAAAGAGAGUUCAACUAGUUGGAUCAGUAUUCUCAGCCAAAUCUUCCAAUACUCCAAUUCCAUUAUGUACCAUUUGUGGGAAAAAUCAUAUAAGGAGCUGUAUGCAAGGGUCCAAUGCUUGUUUCUUAUGCAAACAGCGAGGGAACAUCCAAAGGGACUGUCCCAAGAAGAAUGAGGUUGCACCAGGGAGGAUUUUUUCAAUGACAAGGGAGGAGGCAGACCCUAAGACCACGAUCAUUACAGGUAAUCUUCUAAUAGAAAAUAUUUUAGCCAACACUUUGAUAGACACUGGAGCAACACAUUCCUUUAUUACUGCAUGUUUUUUUCAAAAAGCUGGUUUAAAACCUGAGGAAUCUCUGAUGGCAUAUAGCAUAUCACUUCCUUCAGGCUCUCACCUGAAUUCUAAUAUGAUUAUUAAGGCCUGCCCAGUUUAUAAUCAGAACCAUAAGAUGUUAGUAGAUCUUAUGGUAGUAGAUAUGGUAGGAUUUGAUGUGAUCCUAUGUAUGGAUUGGCUAUUCCGACAUGAGGCGUAG